AUGUACGACCUCGGUCCCGAACUUACUAUUCUGGACUACACUACUCCUUCACCAAUAGUUCGAAAUUUGGCUUCGUUCAGUCUUGAUUUCAAAGAUAAUAUCUUCAUCGCCGUCGCUUCAACCAACAAAGUUCAUAUAUUUGUUGUUGAUACAUCUCUCUCCGUACUAGCAGCUGAAAGUGUUCUUGUUGAUCCUGAAGAGGAUUGUUUGCAAGUUUCAGAGGUUUCCAUUGUUCGCCCAAGUACAAGGAUCUGGCCAUAUCUUGUAGUGGCGACAACGAAAAGUAUUCAAAUCUUCGAUCUUAUCUUCAUGGGAAUGCGUAAGCUGAACAUUGUAGCCGUGCUGUCAAGAGAGAAACUACCCAAAGUGACAGCACAGGGAGACAAAGAGAUGGCCAAGCAAUUGAAAGGGCGAACAAACGAAUGGUUUGGAUUCUAUAGAGGGAUUACCUGUGUUGAUACCACCAUAUACGUUGGAAACAGCUUAGGACAGAUUCUUCCUUUCUAUUGUUCCACAGAAACAAAUGUCGUUUCGAAAAAGCCAUUACAUGAACACACGGGGCCUAUUAUGGAUAUAUCCACCUGUCGCUAUGAUGACAUCACAGCUUCUGUGGACGGCCAUAAGGAAUUGAUUAUUUGGGCCAGAAAUAUGAAGAACCAUCAUCAUAAGAUAAAACUAUUAGAAUAUCCGACAUGUGUUGAGAUUCUUCGAAAACAUGUCAUUGUUGGAUCAGUGUGUGGAUUAUUUUUCCUUUAUAAUCUUCAGACGGCUAAACUCAAAGCUACAGUAGACAUGUUCAAGAGAUCGAUAACCAGUAUCCAUACAGCACCAGAGUCUGCCUACUUCUUAGUUACAGAUGAAGAUGGCUUUGUGAAUGUUUAUAAACUUCAUACAAGGAAACCAUCUCCCUUUCAGGUAGAACAUCGGUUUUCUGAGCAUUUCCCGGAUCGAAAAGUCUUUGGUGGUCAGUUCCUGACAGCCCGUGGAAACGUUUUCUCCCUUUCUCUUUAUGAUGACCCUGUAGUGCGUACAUUCCGUAUAACCCCGAAACCUAGUACAGAGCCAUCUAAAAACAAGUAA